AUGAGUAGAAACAGGAGAUGUAAUAAGAAAUUGGCCAAAGUUACCAACAUCAAUGAGGAUUGUUCUGAGGGUACCUCCGAAGAAGAUCAAUAUGAAUUAGGUGAAAGUGAAGAUUACAGUGAAUAUUCUGAAUCCAUUGAAACUGGAGAAAUGAAAGGAUCUUCGGAUAGUGAAGAGGAAAACUUCAAUACGCGUCGUAACAAGAAAAGGACACGAAUUAUUUCUAGUUCUGACACCGAGGAUGAGAGGACGAGUAUUCCAAGUACAUCCCGAGAUAUAAUGGAAGAAAUUGAAAUUGCAGCUGACGGGACACAGUGGGUGAAACUAAAAGCAGGAAAAUCUAGUGGUAGGCCGUCCGUUCAUACUAUAUUCAAGGAUAUCGCAGGGCCUACAGGUUACGCAAAAAGAAAUAUUAUGUCGGGUUGUGUAACUAGUGCUUCUGAAUUGAUAAUUGACGCUCACAUUAUGAAACACAUAAAAGACUGCACCGAAACCGAGGCACGUCGAGUUUUGAAGAACGACUGGACAAUUACAGUUUCCGAAUUAUGUAGUUUUUUAGCAAUACUACAUGCCCGGGACGCGUAUGAAGUAAGAGCAUUGAAACUAUCUUAUCUAUGGUAA